AUGCAGGGACUAAUUUUCAUCUUCGUUUCCACGUACACACUCAGCUGGGCACAGCCGCCUGAUAUUCAGAAGCUAUAUGGUAUACCUGAAAAAGGCUAUCGUUGGCCAAAGGGCGUGGUGCCCUAUGUGGUCGGGCCUAAAUUCAAUGAAAACGAAUUGGACUUCAUCAAAGCUGCCAUCAAGGCGUUCCGCAUACACACAUGCAUCAAAUUUAUUAAGCGUAGCGGCCAGAAGGAUUACAUUUCUAUUGAAAAAAAGCCCACAGGCUGUUGGUCUUCUCUCGGUCGCAGGGGCGGCAUGCAGAAACUCAAUCUUCAGAAAGAAUGCCUGCUUACGCCGGGCCCAGUGAUGCAUCAGCUAAUGCAUACUAUUGGAUUUUUGCAUGAGCACAACCGCUCAGACCGAGAUAAGUAUGUGAAAAUUAAUUUCAAGAAUAUAAUUCCUGGCCAGGAGGUCAACUUUCAAAAGUGGAACAAUACUGAGCAUUUCGGACUGCCCUACGAUUACGACAGCAUUACGCACUACUCAACUAAAGCCUUUUCGCGAAAUAAUAAAACGACAAUAAAGGCCAGGGUGAGAAGAAUCUAG